CCCUCGGGGCGGGGGAGCCGCUUCGCCCGCCCCCCCCGGAGCCUGCAGCCUGGCCUGCCCCGCGCCGAGCUCUCGCCGCCCCGGCGGUGGUGGCGCGGCGCGAGCAUGCUGCAAGCCCGGCGGGCCGCUGCCGCCCGCUGCCUGCGCUCCGGGAGCCGGGGAGAUCUCCCCGUGGCAGCCGGCCGAGGGGCUGGUGCGGAGGCCGGGCUGGUGCGGAGCCGGGCCUCCCCGGCGAGGUGCUGCUCUGGCGUCGGGAGGAAGUGGAUCAAGCCCACAGGCCGGGAUACCGGGAUCCAGACCUACAACAGCCUGAGUAGAAGCAGAGAGCCCUUAAUACUGGCCAAUGCGGGAGUGGCGACCUGGUAUAGCUGUGGGCCAACAGUAUACGAUCAUGCGCACCUUGGGCAUGCUUGUUCCUAUGUUAGAUUUGAUAUUAUUCGAAGAAUAAUAACUAAGGUUUUUGGAAACGAAGUAGUCAUGGUGAUGGGAAUUACAGACAUAGAUGACAAAAUAAUUAAAAGAGCCAAUGAGAUGAACAUAUCACCAUUAGCUCUUGCCCGGGUUUAUGAAGAAGGCUUUAAACAAGACAUGGCUGCAUUAAAGGUUCUUCCCCCGACAGUGUAUAUGAGAGUGACUGAAAAUAUUCCUCAGAUAAUUUCUUUUAUAGAACGAAUAAUGGCUAGUGGACAUGCUUAUGCAACCUCCAAAGGUGAUGUUUAUUUUGAUGUCAAGUCUAGGGGAGAACGAUAUGGAAAGUUAAAAAGUGUUUACACUGAUGUACAAGAGGAAAUGGUUGAUAGUGAUAAGCGACAUGUCAAAGAUUUUGCCCUGUGGAAGGCAGCCAAACCUCAAGAACUUUACUGGGCUUCUCCCUGGGGAAAAGGAAGACCUGGCUGGCACAUCGAGUGCUCUACAAUUUCGAGUACAGUGUUUGGAAGUCAACUGGAUAUCCAUACUGGUGGCAUAGAUCUUGCUUUCCCACAUCAUGAAAAUGAAAUUGCACAGUGUGAGGUUUAUCAUCAGUGUGAACAAUGGGGAAAUUAUUUUCUACAUUCUGGGCAUUUGCUUAUUAAAGGAAAUCAAGAAAAAAUGUCAAAAUCAUUAAAAAACUACAUUACAAUUAAGGAUUUUUUGACAAAGAAUUCAGCGGAUGAAUUCAGAAUGUUUUGUUUGCGCAGCAAGUACAGAUCAGCAAUAGAAUUUGGUGAUGACAGCAUGAAUGACGCAAAGAACCUCCUUCAGGCCAUCUCUUCUUUUAUUAGUGAUGCAAAUGCUUAUAUGAAAGGACAGCUGGUGUGUGAUCCCAUUAGGGAAGAUGUACUGUGGGAGAUGCUAGCCAACACAAAAGCAAACGUAAAGGCUGCAUUUGCAGAUGACUUUGACACCUCCAGGGCUGUUGCUGCAAUUAUGGACCUCAUUCACCAUGGCAACAGACAGCUUAAGGCUGUCACUAAGGAAGGUGGAUCUCCUAGAAGCCCUGUUGUGUAUGGAAGCAUGCUUUCCUAUAUAGAGGACUUUUUUAACACUGUUGGAAUAUCUCUUGGAGACAGACAGGUUGUACCAGAAAACAAAAAUUCAGCUAUGCUUUCCAGUGUGAUUGAUGAGCUAGUGAGCUUCCGUGUCAAGGUGCGUAAUUAUGCUCUUGCUAUGCCUGGAGCAACAGAAGCAGUGCAGGUGGAAGAAGGUACCAUUCUAGCAAAGGAAACAAAACAGGAAGAGAGAGAAAGAAGACGGCAGUUACUGCUGGAGCGAGAACCCCUUCUGCAGGCUUGUGACAACCUGCGGCGAGACCUUGCUGCAUUUGGAAUCAACAUAAAGGUUGGUCCACAAAGGAAUCCUGGUGACAUGCCCCAGCAUGCAAAAGAACGGCGAUAUAAAUGCUAAUGACUAGGGCUGGAGUAAUCACUCUAGUGAUGUGGGAAAGGUAAGCUGGCUUUUAUUUAAAGGGUGUUUAUACUGUUAUAUUCCCUAAUCACACUUAAAAUUUAGCUAGGUCCUUGAGAGUAAGAUACCAGUUGUUUGAAAGUUAAAAAAAAAAGUUGAUUUCAUUUUAAUUUUCCAGUCAUCUGUUUCUUUGAUGGAGGCAGGAACUGAGGAGCUGGUCUGAUGGCAGGUGGUGUAGAACGGUGCCAGGGAGACUACAGGCUGUGCUCAGCGUGUAUCUUGAACCAGUGCACUGGAACUGCAAUCUCUCAAUCAGGUCUAGCUUGGGGAUGCAGAAAGGGAACAAACAUCCUGUCCUCUGUCUGAUUAAGAGAGCAGAAGAAUAUAUUGGAUGCUCAAACAUUGCAAAAGCAGCCAAGCAAGACAGGGACUCUAACAAGCAGCUGAAUAACCACUUAUCCAGCCAUAAAGGGAGUAGGGGGAGGAUGUGGGACCUUUAAUUCAAGGCCUGAGUGGCACUGGACUGGCUCUUAUGCCAGAAGGUGGCUUUUUAACCUCUGGUUCAAUAGCAAGACAUUCCCUUCACCUGAUGCUUUCCUACUUUCUUAUACAGGUCUCCAGGCAGUAGGAGAGGAACUGGAGAGAGUAGCAUGCUGCUGCUACCUACUGAUAGAGGGAGGCUUGGGGAAGAAGCUAGUGGCUACUUGUCAGAGACUCUCUCUUUUCAAGCAAUGCUUUGAGGAGAGAAGCCAGUAACUGAUAUGGGGCUGGAGAAAAAAAACAAUUCAUUUUAAAAGUCAAAAUACAGACACCUCAAGGACCUAACUAAAUUUUAAACUUGUUAGGAACAAAAACUGGUAUAACCACACUUUAUUAUUGCCCAGUUCUCCAAAGAAUAAUAAAAAGAAAACCUUAGAGAGCUGUGCCAUAUUGAAUAAAAGCUGACUUACCUUUUCCCCUUAUGCUGAGUACUCACGCCUGCCCUGAUCAGUGAUGGUACUGAUAUCACCUACCAACAGAAUGGUGGGGCACAUCUUUGUAGAGCAGGAAGUCAACAACUGUAGACCAGGCUAUAAUGUAGAAUUGCAAAAGAAAAGAAAAAAACGUGUAUAAAACUUAAUUAAAAGCCUUGCCAAUUAUGUUCACUGGGCAGUUGGCAGUGCAUACCUGAAACUGAGACUUUUAAAAACAUUACAACUCCUCUCACUCUCCAGAAAAAACAGUAGAGAAUUAUUACUGGUUUCUCAGAGAGCUAUGUAUGUGAAUAAACAAUUCACAGAUCAGAAGGGACCAUUAUGAUAAUCUAGUCUGAUCUCCUGAACAGGCCACAGAACUGCACGGAAUGCUUCUGCAUCAAGCCCGUAUAUUCUGUUUGAGCUUUAGCAUAUAUUUUACAAAAAUAUCCAAUCUUGAUUUAAAAAGAAAUCAAGUGACUGAGAAUCCAUGAAACCCCUAGGUAAAUUAUUCCCACGGUUAACUACCUUUACUGUUAAAAAUGUGUCUUAUUUUAUUCGGAAUUUGUUUAUCUUCAGCUUCCAGUCACUGCACCUCAUUAUGUUUUUUUCUCCUGGAUUAAAGACCCCUACUAUCAGAAAUCUUCUUUCCAUGUAGGUACUUAUAGACUGUGAUCAAGUCAUCCUGUGACCUUCUCCAUGUUAAGCUAAAUAGAUUGACCUUCUUUAGUCUGUCACUCAGAUUCAAAUACCAAAGAAAAAGGCUACUUGUGAUGACUAUAUUUGCCUUACAAUCAUCUGAACAGAAGUAUGCAAUUAGCCAAUGUAAACAAUCAAUAAAAAACUAAUGCUCUA